AUGCAUCAGUUGCUGUUCGAGCAUGCGAUAACCAAAUUCAAUCACUCCCCGCUAGACGUCCUCAAAGUUUACAAUGAGUACAAAUACUCGAAACUGGAUAACCUGGAUGCGAUCAAAGGUCAUUUCCCGAUGAAACCUCACCUAGCCUCUGUCAAUACCUUGUCUUUGGAUCCUUUGUAUAACCGAUAUUUAUUUUCUGGAGGAGGUGAAUCUUCUAUCAAGCUGUGGGAUAUAAAGCAGCAGGAUGAAGUAGAAGAGUUGGAACCUAUUUAUACUCUUCCAUCUAAAUCGUUGCAUAAAUUUGGCAUCACUCAUAUUAAAUGGUGGUCCGAUAACGGAUUAUGGCUGUCGUCCUCAUUCGACCACACCUUAAGUGUUUCGGAUGCAAAUGAAAUGCAGCAUGUUCAUUCUUUCAAUCUUGGCUCCAGAGUGCUUUAUUUUGAUUUUGAAGAUCAUGGCCGCAAUUCUUUGGUAGCUGUUUGUGCGGAUGGGGGAAUAGGAGGUCUCAGACUACUGGAUUUGAGAACUCUGGCAGACGCUCAUACACUAGGAGGUGGAGGAAAACUUCAAGGAGGCUUUGGAUAUAUGCUGAGUUGUCGGUGGUCACCCGCAAAUCCCAAUCUUGUGGUUGGUGGCAGCCAAGAUGGUUACUGCAUAGGGUGGGAUAUACGACGUGCCGAUGGUUGUAUUUUCAAAAUGGACUACAACCUAACAACAACUAACUACAAAACCAAUACCAGACAGCUACUGUUACACGAAACCACUCCAAAAGCACACAAUGGUGGAAUCAACUCUUUACUUUUUACUGAUGAUGGGGCAGAACUUAUAACUCUUGGACAUGAUGAUAAAAUAUGUGUGUGGGAUAUGACAAGUGCAGAAAAGCCUCUUAACAAGCAGGUCAAUUUCGGCCCCCUAGUGAGGAACAAAUCCACGCAACACAUUAGCAUGGCUUUAAGUCCUACGAACGAAACAGAGCUACAAUACUUAUGGUUCCCGUCAGAAAACGGCGAGAUCCUAAUUUUCCGACUUGACGACGGUAAGCUUGUUGCCAGAUUAACUAAAAAUGGGAGUGCUCUGAACAGAAGGACGACCAGCAUUGUCUAUGCUAAAGAUAGCUCGAUCAAGUACUAUAGUGGAUGCAAGGACGGGACUAUAUCUGUCUGGGGCUAUAAUUCUUUGUUGGAUAGCCAAAUAGCUCGAGACGGGCUGGAUUUUGAUAGCGGAAACCCUGGAACGUUAGCAGGCGAGACCGAGCGUUCGGACGUCCUUGACAGGAUACAUGACGAGAUCGAAGCUAAUAGGAUUCGUGCAAAAAACACGGAAUUUCGAUGA